GCCCCUUGUGGCUCCGGGGCUAGAAAAGAGAGUCGAUGCCGGCAGCAGUGAUGAGUCUUGGGAGGUACUGGCAGCUUGGCGGUUCCGAGGAGCGGCUGCUGCUGGUGGCCUUUUUGCAGAUGUAUUGCUGUCACUGAACACUGGCCCAUUGGAAAGCACUAGAGAAGCUCAGCCAUCAGUAUGUCCAAGUACAAACUGAUUAUGUUAAGACAUGGAGAGGGUGCUUGGAAUAAAGAGAACCGUUUUUGUAGCUGGGUGGAUCAGAAACUUAACAGUGAAGGAAUGAAAGAAGCUCGGAACUGUGGGAAGCAACUCAAAGCGCUAAACUUUGAGUUUGAUCUUGUGUUCACAUCCAUCCUGAACCGGUCCAUCCACACAGCCUGGCUGAUCCUGGAAGAGCUGGGGCAGGAGUGGGUUCCCGUGGAAAGCUCCUGGCGUCUCAAUGAGCGUCACUAUGGAGCCUUGAUCGGUCUCAACAGGGAGCAAAUGGCUUUGAAUCACGGCGAGGAACAAGUGAGGCUGUGGAGAAGGAGCUACAGUGUGACCCCACCGCCCAUAGAGGAGUCCCAUCCUUACUACCACGAAAUCUACAACGACCGGAGAUAUAAAGUGUGCGACACUCCUUUGGAUCAGCUGCCACGAUCCGAGAGCUUAAAGGAUGUUCUGGAGAGACUCCUUCCUUAUUGGAAUGAAAGGAUUGCUCCUGAAGUAUUAAGUGGUAAAACCAUUCUGAUAUCUGCUCAUGGAAAUAGCAGCCGGGCACUUCUGAAACAUCUGGAAGGUAUCUCAGAUGAAGACAUUAUCAACAUUACUCUUCCUACUGGAGUCCCCAUUCUCCUGGAACUGGAUGAGAACCUGCAUGCCGUUGGACCUCACCAGUUCCUGGGCAACCAAGAGGCUAUCCAAGCAGCCAUUAAGAAAGUAGAGGAUCAAGGAAAAGUGAAACGCGCUGACAAAUAAAAUCUUUCCCACGUGCUAGCUAGGGAUAGCUGCAGAAGGAGUGGUAUGCGGUGUGUUAUGGGUGCUGAUCUCGCUUUUUUUUUUUUUCUCCCCCGCUGAUUUUUCCUGAUUUUUCCAGAUCUAGGCUGUGGGGUAGAGUUUGUAUAAGUAACUAGGUAACAUAUGUUGGCCCAGAUAAAGGCUUUAGGAUGCCUGAGUGCUAAUGUCAUAAGCCUUAUGCGUUAGCGCCUGCCGGCCCCGUUUGAAUUAGUCACUAAGUUAGUCACCAGUGGGGCUUAAUCAAUGUCAUAAGUUUCCAAGAUGGGGGAGCAACAAGUGGAGGUCAAGUUCAAGGUAUUCCUCAUUCAAUAAAUCAGUAUAGAGUGACCACUGACAGGCACUACUUACUCCAAUAAAUAGUUCACAGUUAUAUUUACUGAGACUUUCUAGGAUGAUAAUAAAGGGCAUUAGAUAACACACUAUACUUAAGUAUUUAUUACUAGUCUUUUCCUCUAGGGAGAGGGAUGCUUUGAUAGGUUAAGACCAGAGGCCCAUUAAAUGGGAGAGUCAUGGAUGGAUUCCUCCAAGACAGCCAACAACAAACACCAAGGCCCUUUGCCUCAUAACAUUUGGUGGAAUUCCUCUCUGGCUGCUAGAAUUAGCAGCAUAUAGACAGCUAUAGCUGUUCAUGUUCUCUUUUUGUUUUAUUUUUGUUUUUUAAACUUUAAUUUUGGGGUCUUUAAAAUUAAUUUAAAAAUAAGUUCUGUGACUGAAAAUGGUACCAUCCCAAGAAUUUCCAUAUGAUUCAUAAAUAUUAAGUAUAGGCUGCUGAAUUAUUCUCUGCUCUUAUCUUCCUAUAACACAAAGAGUUGUACUUAUUUCAACACAUAGACAUGCCUAAUUCUCUAAAAAUUGAAGGUCAGGUCGGGGGAAGGUAGAAUAUAGUGGGUGUAAUUUUAUUCACUUGAACGGGGAAAUGGUAUAUUCGCACUUGUCAUGUACAUUUGUUCUUUAUCUGCUGAGGGCAAAACAUUAUGGUACGUAGUCUAUAGUAUUCAGGGUAGGCCACAGACAGAAUUGACUGCUUAUCAAUCUUAAUGAUAUAGGAUGUUUUUAGAUGCUGGAGAUAGGUAAGUGAUCAUUUCUUUAAGCUACUGCCUUAUUUCAGAGCAAGUGACAUAUAUUUCAGUGAUAAAGUCAUGUAAACAAUUUACAACUAUAAAAGCUGUUACAGAUAUCACCAGUUUUUCAUGGUUUUCCAUUGGUGGAUUAGUUUAUUUGUAUCCAUUUUAUAGUAAAACUGUCAUUAGAAGGAAACUAAUUCUAAAACCCUUGCUACUGCUUGCUUGGUUUCUACUGAUCCUUAAAUCAAGACUUAGGGCAUCAGCUGAAAAGAAGAAAUGAACCUGGUUUGCUCACAGCUGGCUGCAUCUGUGAUGCAUAAGGACAUGGAACGUGGAUGCUUGACGUUCCUGACCAACUACUGGCUUUUCUGCCGUAGUCCUUCUUUUCACAGUUCUGUUGCCUAACCAAAUAACACUGUUUAUAAUUCAGAGAUCAGGGCCAAGAAUACAACUACCAGAUCUUCCUAGAAUUCCAAACCUAUGGCUAAGCUUCAACUCAGACCAUUUUUGAACAGCUUCAUCUCUGGAAUUGGCAUCUGAAUUUUCCAGCCCAAGAAGUGACCAUGUCUUAACACAGCUUAAGAGCCUAGAGUUGGAUUCUUCCCUUGUCCUGCAUCUAGAUAUCCACCUCCCGUGGACACCUGGCAGCAUGAUGUGCUCCUGCACACAGAGCUGUGCUCACACCCCAUCACUGUGGAAUCUUACAGACUUCCUAAGAGAGGGAUAAUUUUUGCUGACACUUUCUGGUACAAUUUGGUUUUUGAGAUCUUGGCUGAAAUAAAUGAAGAGAUAUUUAUGAAAA